AUGUCAACUCCAACAGACGAAGUAACCGCUGAGAAUGUGGCUGAAGUGCUCCAGCAUGACCGCAUGGUCAAGGUAGCUGGUAUUGAUGUGGACGGAGUGCUACGCGGCAAGCUGAUGCAGAAAUCCAAGUUCCUGUCCAUUGUUACAGAAGGCUUUGGAUUUUGUUCGGUCAUCUUUGGCUGGGAUCAACAUGAUCAGACCUAUUACAAGGAGCUCUCAAUCAGUAACAAGGAGAACGGGUACCGUGAUCUGGUGGCCGUGCCGGACCUGCGCAGCUUCCGUCGCAUCCCUUGGGAGAAGAAUAUCCCAUUUUUCUUGGUCAGCUUCCUAGACCCGGACACUCGUAAGCCGGUUUGCGCAUGUCCGCGGGGGUUGUUGAAGACUGCCGCUGCAAAGGCAGAGGCCGCAGGAUACCGCGCUAUGGCGGGAGCGGAGUAUGAGUUCUACCAGUUUCGUGCACCAGGAGACCACCCUACGCCUGAACGAGCCGCCUCUCAAACCGCAGCAUUUUUACAAUCAAAUAAAGCAGAUAGCCUUCCGCCCAUAACAGAGGGCAUGUUUGGCUACUCCAUCACUCGUCCCCUUCACAACCAAGAUUACUACUACGGUAUUUUCGAUGCUUGCGAGCAAUUCCGGUGCGAUAUUGAGGGAUGGCAUACCGAGAGUGGGCCCGGUGUUUAUGAAGCUGCAUUGCAGUUCGGCGAGGCAAAAGAUAUGGCUGACAAGGCCGGCUUGUUCAAAUACGUUGUCAAAGCCUAUGGCAUCAAGCAUGGCAUCACACCCUGCUUCAUGGCCAAACCGAGACAAGGACUUCCAGGAAACAGUGGUCACAUGCAUAUCUCUCUCGUGAAUGCCGAAGGCAAGAACGCUUUCAUCCGUGAUUCUCCUGACCCAUCGCCGCCUUACCCAGAUGUCGCCCAUCUGUCGGACCUUGGCCGACAUUUCCUGGCGGGUCUGCUCGUCGGCUUGCCGGAUAUCAUGCCACUCUUCGCGCCGACAAUCAACUCCUAUAAACGUCUGGUCGAGAAUUUCUGGGCCCCCGUCACCGUCUCUUGGGGAUUGGAGCACCGGGCUGCUUCUAUUCGAUUGAUUACUCCGCCGACAGCCAGUGCUAAGGCCACUCGUUUUGAGGUUCGUGUGCCUGGUGCCGACGCGAACCCGCACUUUGUCCUUGCAGCCAUUUUGGCGCUAGGGUGGCGUGGUGUUGAGAAGAAGCUCGAGAUUCCCGUACCACCCUUGUCCAAGGGUGAGGAUAUGGGUGGGGCUAGUGAUCAAGGAGUUCGGUUGGCCAAGACACUCAAGGAGGCGAUUGCUACCUUCAUGCGACCCGAUAGUGUGGCGCGAGAGGUCUUUGGGGACGCUUUUGUGGAUCACUUUGGUGGUACACGGGAGCAUGAAGUGCGCUUGUGGGAGGAAGCUGUUACGGACUGGUAA